CAGAUGACAACUCAGAAACAUCCGUUACCCUCCCACUCCACACGAGGCUUCUUUCCUCUCCCUCCAGCCCCCGUGGCGCUUGGCACCAAUGCCCAUCACAUAGACAGAUGGAGCCAACCCUGACCCCUCUCCUCGCCCGUGGGGACGCCAAGAGAAUCAACGCCUGACUAGAGGGGAGGGGGCUUGUGCAUGAGAGUGCGUGGGGGGAGACAGGAAGGAGAGAGGAGGAGAGUAGUGCUUUGUCACCACGGCAACACAGCGCCCAGUCUCCCGUGGACUCCCCUUCAGCCCAGCCCGAGGCCCUCGGAUAAAAAAACGCACACAACAGGAAUUCAGCAGCAGGACCAGAAGGACCUCGUCCCCCCCGCCCCCAAAUUGUGCCCGACAUAUUUUUGCUUUGAUUAUUUGGCAGAAAUAACUUGUUCAUGUGGAGAGACGAUGAAAAAAAUUCUAAAUAUAGCAAACGUCAUUUAAAAGAAACAGGAAACCACAAUAAAGACUGAUCCAAAAACGCUGAAGGAAAGCAAAAGACUUAAGUGUUGCUUAAGUUUUUCUGAACACUGCACAAGUUUCACUCUGAGCCCCACAAUUCCUUUUCCCUCUGGCCUCUGAGGGAUCUAAGUGAAUUACAGCAAGAAGAACUGCAACACUUUGGCAAAAAUAUUACCAAUUUACUGGCUAAUCACCACGUGGGAGGUUUUUUUUUUUUUAAUGCUGCUUCCCACACUUGAAUAAAGCAGAAGAACCUUCUCCCUGACAGCAAAAAGGAAAUAGAUGUGGGGCUCCAGUCAGUGUGCAUGUAUGCCUUUAUCUAAGCUCUAACAUCGUGCAAUACACCUCUGCUAACUGGUCCAACAUUGACUUUGUAUCAAGGCAUUUGCAGGUUCAUUCCUCUGACUAAACAUCCCACCUGACCUGCAAUUUUUACAAGAAACAGGAUAUUGGCUACUCCACUUUCACUGGAUGUUAUUGCCGUCUUCUAACCUACUCUGCUGACCGCUAUUCUGAUUAGCAUAAAAUGCCAGACUACCAAUUUUAAAAGAACCACGCAUCAACAAUAAAAUGAGACACUAAUGGCCGGUGAAAUGAAUUCAGCGGGCUGACAUAACAGAGGGGGGAAUACCGGAGUCCCAAUGCUUCCCAGGUGACUGCUGCGACCCUCCAAAACCAGACUGAAAAUACUGUGGAUGUUUGGAUUCUUUUCUUUGGAUGUCGAAGCUGUAAGGAGGAUUUGGAUCCACCUCUCUAUCCAGUCAGUGUGAGCUGUUGGGAUUUUCAUUUACACAGGACCAAGAGACCUGAACUGAUGUUGUGGAACUUUUGGAAUUGAGGCCAGGGCGGAUAAAACUACAAUACCCUGAGCUCAGUCAAGUGUUUUAGUACAUUUGGGGAAUUACACACAUCUCCUCUGAAUAUUUACCACCAACUCAAGUUACCUUUAAGACUAUCAGGAUAAUAUACGGAGCAGCCUGUAAAACUUUUCUGCUGGUCCUGACACACUCUUGGUGGCUUUUGGUAAAUGGACUGAAAGGUUUAUCAGGAUUCUGUCUUCUCUGUUGUGGUGGCGACUUUAUUCAGCAGGCUGGGAGUGGUAUCAGGAUGCCUGAACUGGACAACUUUUCCCCCCUGAGGGGUCAGAGAGGCCCUGAGCUGGGCCUAAAUGGUCCGGCAGACCCACUUCGGAUUCAGCACAGCAUCCUGGAAGAGCAGGUGGAGCUGUGGUGGUUCAGAGAUCCCGGGAAGUCUCUGCUCUGCUACUGCGUGGCUGUACUCCUUAUCCUGGGCUGCGGGCUGGGCGGCGUGGGCCUUCUCUCCACCACCACUAGCGUCUCAAGCGAAUGGCGUCUGGGCGCAGGCACGGCCCUCUGCCUGCUGGCCCUCGGGGUCCUGCUCAAACAACUGCUCAGCUCUGCCGUGCAGGACAUGAAUUGCGUUCGAAGCCGACAGCGGAUCAACAUGCUGAAAAGUGGCGGUUUAUCAGACCUCCUUGUGGUUUUAAUUACCGGGCUGUCACUGGUGAUAUGUGGAGGGGUUCUACUACGACUGGCCCUGGCUAACCACAUGCCAAAGCCUGGCCAGGCACUUAAUGACAUGUACAUCUCUGGAGUGGUUCUUCUUGCUGGAGGAGGGGCUGCAGUGGUGGGUGUUGGAAUAUACUCUGUUGUGGUUGUCCUGCUUGAGAGGACAAGGCACGGUCGAAGGUUUGUGGACCGGGUUUUGAAUAUCUUCACUGUUUCUGGGCAUAUGGACCAUCAGGCUCGCAGAGAGACUACCUCCAGUCUGGCUAAUCUCAUAUGAGACAUUACAACACUAAGACUGUGUAUUUUGGCCCCCUGCUCUUCAUGUCCAUACAUUUAGCCUCAACUAAAUUAGAGCAGACUUUAUGCCCAAAUAUUACAAGAAAUCUGAUUAAAACAAGAUUCAUCCCUUACAGCUUUCUCACUAGCUGAUUAGACUGUGUAUGGGUCAAAAUGAGCUGAAAUUGUAAUAUCUGCUUGGUGUAAAUGUUCGCAGUGAGCAAUCAAAUCUCAGUCUCAAAGCAAGGAUGAAAGAAUGACUGUGCCCUUAAUGCAGUUGGAAAUGUCCCAUCUCAGUCGUUUUUUUCUCAGCAAAUUCAGAUGCUGCGGCUUAUCAUUUACAUAAGAGUGGUACCUGAAAUCAGCAAUUCAUUCAUCUUCUGUAAAUCUCACACAGGCCAGACAUGUUGGUGCCUGUGGUAAUUUGACAGAGGCAGUGUUAGUAUGCAGGACAAAAGCAUGGGAAAAAAGUAAAAAACAACAACAAAAAACAACUUAAACCAGUGGUUUAUAAAAGGGGGACACAGCAGGACUAAAUAUAUGUAAUGCAUAACAAAAUGUUAUGCAUUACAUUUCACAAUGAAGUUUGUGAAAGGACUGCAAGGUAAACCUAAAGCAGCUUUUGAAUCUGCACCAAACAUUACAACUACUAAAAAAAAAGACAAGGUCUUUCUUGUCCACUGGCUUCCCUCCUGGAGGCUGGUAGGGUGGGUGCUUGAGAAUUUUUUUUUAAGCAACAAAAGGGUGGCCCUGCAGAAAAAGUACUGUCUUAAACUAAUGUUGAACUGAAGUGAAGUCUUCUGAUAUUAUGGUAAUCUGAUUGGUACAGCAGUCUGGAAUUAAACACAAAGGCCUGGGAUGUGGGCAUCGACCAUGAAGCACUUCUACACAAAUGGUGUAUAUAUGCAAAAAUUGUUCACUAUAUAUACACGGAUGAAGAAACAGAAAGCUUCCUUGUUGAAGCUGACACAAGGUAUGGUUAAAGGAGUCAUCUGCUAAUUCGACUGUCGCACAUUCGAGAUGAUGCAUAUAUACAUAUAUUUUGUUGUCCUUGGGUCGCACACCUGACCACUACCUGCUCGAUUACUGUACAAUAGUAGUGUAAUAGUGGAUAAGAGCACCAGGCUUAAAUAUAAAUGGAAUGUACAAAAAUGAGUAACAGAUGAGACAACAUGAAUAUGAAAAAAAAAAAUCUUUUAAAAUUCUCCUGGCGAUCUCUACAUCAUGUUUAGUUGAAGAUGUGAAAAAAUUCAGCUCAUAAAUUUGAGGAAUUUGAGGAUGGUCAGUGGUUUAGUAUUUGAAGGACGUUUUGCCAGUUUAAUAAUAAUUUAUUAACACAUGGAGCCAAUGUGGCAGAGCUUGUUCCCUGUACACAUGAUACAAGACAACAUGAUUGUUGGAGAAUUAUAUCACGGCACUUUAGAAUGUAUUGAUAAUUUAUGUUUUUGCAUCAACACAGUAUUGUUUUGACUGUUUAUCUUGCAGCACCUUGUUUCCCCUAAACCUGCUUUAAUGUAUAUUUUUUAUAUUAACAGUGAAUCAGAUGUAAAAUGGUCAUUCAUUGUGCUGAAGUCACGGAGAAUCACAAAUUGGGCCCUUCGCUCAUUUCGUUUUUAUUCAAUGGAUGAGUCACAUUCUCAUCAAUCCUGGUUGGUAAACAUU